CCUGUCUCAACUUUCCCUUCUAAAGAAUAUUCGAGUCUUCAUCCUCAUUUUUCUUUUCUUCCCUCACUUUCUCCAUACUCAUCAUCUUCACAUUAUAUCAGUACACGUGUUGAUCAAAUCCUUUUGUGAUUCAAGCAAUACUAUUUACGCGCCGACAGCUCGCAAUUUGCCACCGUUGUCUUACCUUCACAUCGAUCGAAUACCCCUUCAGACCCAACAAAACUGUAAAUCUCUGAGCUAGCUGAUUAAUUUCGUCACUCAAAUUCCUUCAUCUUCAAGUUUGCCUUCACGAGCUUUCUUGUUUCGUUUAACAUCCGCCUUAAAUUGAUGUUGGAUACCAAAAGACCCAUAGAUGAGGAGUCGCCAGACUUUUCGUCGCACGACGACAAAAAGCAACAUACCAAGCCAGGACGCAAACCGAUUGACACAGAGCCGAAAUCGAAGAGAACAGCUCAAAACAGGGCGGCUCAACGUGCAUACAGAGAACGCAAAGAGCGCAAGAUGAAGGACUUGGAGGAUAAGGUUUCUCUGUUGGAAGAUGACAAGAUGAAAGCAGAAGCCCAGAUUGAACUUCUUAAAUCCGAAUUGAGUCGAUACAGAGGUCACUCAGACUUCUCAGACCUCAAGCCUUUGUCAAAUGCGAGAGUUAAACGCGAGUCCAGCGAGAGUGGAUUGUCACUGAGCGACUUCACCGUGGGAUUCCCUUGGGCUAAAAAGCAGUCGGCCGACUCUGAAGUACGCUCCAACGCUUCCAGCAACCAUCUACCCGACUUGACCAGCGGGUCGUCAUCUUCAAAUUCGCCCUUGAAUGAAAAUGUGAUUGUAUCCCCACAUUCUAAUAGCAGUGAUAAUUAUUCAGUCCCUUCUUCGGGACUGGUUGAUUUGCGCCACACAACUUCAAGCCUUUUUGACGAAGAGCUCAAUCCUUUUUGCACCAGUCUAAACGAGGCAUGUGGCACGAGGCUUAAGCCUAUUCCUAAGUUUCAUAGGGAUAGUCAGUCUUUUCCACUACAGCAGGACACAAAAGCGUCAGCGCUACCCCAAUCCUAUGCAGAUUCACCAUUCCAGUCUUUGUUCACACCAAACUUGGACUUGCAAGAUCCUUUGUUCAAUAGCACUGGUGAAUCUUCCUUCAAUUUUUCCUUGGACAACCUAAAUACGAAGGAAUUACCUACCUCAUUAUUCAAUGAUGCGAAUUUCGACAUAAAUUUAGCCCUUGGAAACUUGAGCAAUGAUCCCAUCGAGAAAAACAUCCAAAAUCAUGCUGAUGUAGACUCUCUCGCAGGAGUCGUUAGCGAGGAAUCAGCGUAUGAUCCUUUCAAUCACGGUAAUACCGAUUUCAAUUUCAAUGAGUUUGUCAAAUCUAGUUAUUCAGCGUCCGAAAGUUCAAGAAACAACUCGGUUAUGGAUGGCAACAAGACAGCUUCCUCAGUUACUAGCUUCAAUAGCCCGGCCAUUCCAGAGAACGAAGAAAAAGAAGUUGUUCCAGCUCCUCCUUUGACGAUGGAAUGCUCUGAAAUCUGGGACAGAAUAACUGCGCAUCCAAGGUACACUGAAAUUGAUAUAGAUGGCUUGUGUGCCGAGUUGAAGGCAAAGGCGAAAUGUUCAGAGCAAGGGGUAGUUUUGAAUGCUGAUGAUGUCAGCACUCUCAUUGAGAGGUCUGCAAACAAGAGAUAAUUGACUUUUCUUUUCAAUAGCUAAUCGAGUAGUUUGGUGUUUGUCUUUAAUCCGGGUUGCUCAAGGCUUAUUCUUGUGUGUUCAGAAAACGUGAUGCUCAAUAAGUGCGAGUAGGACUAUUCUUGUCGAAUUGCCAAGACCUCAAAGCUACAGAAAUUCUGCUUCAUGGCGAAAAUCUCAAGCUGUAGCGAGAAAUGGAGCGGAAGAGUCUGAGCUGUCCUCCACAAGAAAACAUGCGGCUUCGAUGGUAACCUACGGGAGAUUUCGAAAUGGAUGUUUUGUUCGCAGACAUGUCGGAGGGCAUUUUUGAAGCUGGUCGUAUUAUGUGCUGGGCACACCUAUGCUCGCACCCAAUCAAUGAGAGGUGAUUUUCUCGUUUUCCGAAGCAGGCCCAAGGCAAUACAAGGUAGACCAUUCCAUCAUGUCCACGUCUAUUUUCCGUACCAUUAAAAAUAUCUAUGCCUCUG